UUUUUUUUGUUUUCUUUUUUUUCUCACUUGUGUUCAAGCCAGUGACAUAAAUAAAUAAUUGAGCCAUGCAUUCAGACAAGAUAAGAGUGACGGCACCGAAGAUACAGAACAGGGAGUUUGUGAAACCUCUCCUAUGUGGCCCAGGGCCUUGUGACUACUGGCCUUCAGUCGCUGAGGCCAUCGCCAAUCCCGUCAUCACACCGAACUGCGAAGAAUUCUAUGGCGUCCUAGACGACAUUCGAGCUGGAUUACAGUACGUCUUCCAAACUCAGAGUAAAUUGGUGCUGGCUAUGUCUGGAGCUGGUCACGCAGGCAUGGAAGCCGUGAUCAACAACCUGGUGGCUCCCGGUGAGACCCUGCUCAUUGCUGCCAGGGGUAUUUGGGAUCAACGCGCCGAAAUAAUUGCUAAAAGACUUGGAAUCAAAACCGAAGUAACUCGGGUUCCAAUGAACACUACCUUCAGUCUAGAGCAAAUAGAGACGGAAUUAAAAAGGUUGCGCCCAGCAGCUUUGUUCAUCACUCAUGGUGACUCCUCAACAGGAACGCUACAAAAAGUGGAUGGUUUGGGGCAACUUUGUCACAAGUAUGGAGCUCUACUCCUAGUAGACACUGUAGUCUCACUUGGUGGAGUUCCCUUCUUUAUGGAUGAAUUUGAAGCAGAUGGAGUAUUUUCUUCAACACAGAAGGCAUUCAGCGGCCCUGCGGGUAUUUCUCCCGUCGCAUUCAGUACUAGAGCCGAGGAGAAGAUAAACAACAGAAAACAUGAACCUGCUUUCUACUUCGACGUCAAGCUGUUAGCAAAACAAUGGAACUGUUAUGGCGAUACCAGAGUAUAUCAUCACACGAUGAGUCCACCAAUGCUGUGGGCUUUAAGGGCCUGCCUCCAGGAGAUCUCCAACGCGACUCUGCCAGUGAUCUGGGCACGUAAUGCUGCAAGCACUGCUCACUUCCACAAACGCCUUCAGGAACAUGGCUUCGAAUUCUUCGUACCGAAACCUGAAGAAAGACUGACAACCGUCACCACCGUGGCUCUUCCUAAAGGCAUUAAUUAUUUGGAGUUCACAACUGUUUUGAGAGAAAAACAUAACAUCCUGAUUCUGGAGGGCCGAGGUCCUACCGAAGGCAAAGCAUUGAGGGUCGGCAUCAUGGGAGUUAACGCUAGAACGGAGGUAGCCGAUAUAGUGGCAGAUGCAAUGGCGGACACGCUCAAAACUAUGCUAUCGUUGUCGUAAUUAUUUUUAUUUUUUAUUUUUCUUAUGUGAU